UUCAGCCAUUUAUGGAAAACAAGUCAGAUGAGGUUUAAAGACAUGACUUCACAGCAGAGUGUAACUGGCAAAUGAUGUUUAAAUGACAACAAAAAGAUGACAGGAAUUACCACUAAAGGAGGGGACUUGUAAAACUGUGAACACUGCAGGUUUAAAACCUGGAUCAGGUGAUGUGCAACAUGUUCAGAACAUUCCCGUGUGCCACCGUGGAGGUGAAGAACGAACCCAUCCUGUCCUUCAGUGAGGGGAGUCCAGAGAGAGCAGAGCUCCUGAAGGCUCUGCACAACUUGAAGGGGAAGACAGAGGAGAUUCCAUGUGUGGUUGGUGACGAACACGUGUGGACCAAAGACAUCAGAUAUCAGCUGUCUCCCUUCAAUCAUUCACACAAGGUGGCCAAGUUCUGCUACGCUGACAAGGAGCUGAUCAACAAGGCCAUCCAGGCGUCCGUGGCAGCUCGGAGAGAGUGGGACCUGAAACCCGUCCAGGACCGGGCCCAGAUCCUGUUCAAGGCUGCCGAUGUCAUCAGUGGACCCAAGAGAGCUGAGGUCCUGGCCAAGACUAUGAUCGGACAGGGAAAGACGGUGGUCCAGGCGGAGAUUGAUGCCGCCCCCGAGCUCAUCGACUUCUUCCGGUUUAACGCCAAACAUGCCAUCGAGCUGGAGAAGCAGCAGCCCAUCGACGCGGCGGGGAGCACCAACACCAUGUUGUACCGAGGGCUGGAGGGCUUCGUAGCUGCUGUGGCUCCCUUUAAUUUCACGGCCAUCGGAGGAAACCUGGCAGGAACGCCUGCUCUCAUGGGUAAUGUGGUUCUGUGGAAGCCCAGCGACACCGCCAUGUCUGCCAGCUACGCAGUCUACAAAAUCCUGCGGGAGUGUGGUCUGCCCCCCAACAUCAUCCAAUUCCUGCCGGCUGACGGUCCCGUGUUCGGAGACACCAUCACCUCCUCAGAGCACCUGGCUGGCAUCAACUUCACUGGCAGCGUGCCGACAUUCAAGCGUCUGUGGAAGCAGGUGGCCCAGAACCUGGACGUCUACCGGACGUUCCCUCGGCUGGCCGGAGAGUGCGGAGGGAAGAACUUCCACUUCGUCCACACGUCCGCGGACGUUCAGAGCGUGGUGAUGGGCACGAUCCGCUCGGCGUUUGAGUACGGAGGUCAGAAGUGCUCGGCCUGCUCCAGGAUGUAUGUUCCCGACAGCAUGUGGCCGCAGAUCAAACAGCAGCUGCUGGAAGUCCUCAAGAAAGUCAGAGUGGGAGACCCGGUGGAAGACUUCAGUACCUUUUUCUCAGCCGUCAUCGAUGAAAAGUCUUUCGCUCGUAUAAAGAGGUGGUUGGACCACGCCAAGUCCUCCCCCAACCUGAGCAUCAUCGCAGGUGGACAGUGUGACGACCAGAAGGGCUACUUUGUGGAACCGACCAUCGUCGAGACCAAAGACCCUCAGGACCCCAUUAUGAAUGAGGAGAUCUUCGGUCCAGUUCUCACAGUCUACGUUUAUCCUGAGAACAAUUACAAGGAGGUUCUGCGCCUGAUAGAUAACACCUCACCGUACGCGCUCACGGGUGCCGUGUUCGCCCACGACAGGACAGUGAUUGACGAGGCAGCCAGAGUUCUGAGGAACGCUGCAGGGAAUUACUAUGUGAACGAUAAAUCCACCGGAUCAGUCGUGGCUCAGCAGCCGUUUGGAGGCGCCAGAGCUUCAGGCACCAACGACAAACCUGGAGGUCCUCACUAUGUCCUGAGAUGGACGUCUCCUCAGGUGGUGAAGCAGACAAACGUCCCCCUCACAGAGUGGAAGUACCCGUACAUGGGCUGAGACAGAGUCCGCCUGUCCUCCGUCUGUCCUCCACCUGUCCUCCAUCCCUUAAUCUCCUCUAUCCUUUAUCUGACCCAGAAACAUUUGUAGAUGGGACGAGUCCUCUGUCCUUCUCUCCAUCCUUCUAUCUGUCCACUCAUGUCUUCAUCCAUCCUCUCUGUCUAUCUGUCUUUUUAUCUGUCCACUCAGUCUCUCCAUCCAUCCUCUCUGUCCUCCGUCCUUCUAUCUGUCCACUCAUGUUUCCAUCCACUCUCUCUGUGAAUUGAUGACAGGUCAUGUCUUUGUCUUCGUCUUCUGUCUGUCCCUGUUUGCACUGAACCUGGACGUGAAUGUCCAUCAGAUGGGCGUCCACUGUCAGACACCAGCUGUUGGGGCUCUGCAGCUGAAACUGGUCCCUGGAAAACCACCAGAGGACAGUUUGGAUGAUGGAUUGUGGGUUCCGUGUGGUUCUGUUUCAGUGUGUGGGUCAACGAGAGCCCAGUGACCAGAAUGAAUCGAUAAGAAGACCAGCUGUGAGGUGUGUUACGCUCACCUGAAUCCAUCAGCUGAUUUUAGCUUCUUAGUGGAGAUUUUUCUGCACAAUAGUUGUCAUGGAGAUGAGAACUUGUGUGAUGCUGACUAAGGAGGCGGAACUGACGCCGUUCCUGAUCUGCGAUGAUGCGACACACCUGCAGCAGGUGUUGGAGACCACCUGAUGGCCUGAAACUACAGCAAAGAGUCGCUCUGUCUAAUCUCCAUGUUCAGAACGUGCCUCCUUUAGUAACUCUGUAAAUUCAGAUAAUUUUUUUACAAUAAAUAAUAACUUUGGAUCAA